UUGUUUCAAUUCGAUUUAUAAGUAAGUGUUCUUAUUAAAAUUGGAACCAAACAUUAAAUAUACAUCCAGUUACAUUUUUCAACAAAAGUUUUUAAAUUUCAAUAAAAAUGAAGUUUUAUAUGUUUUUGAUCGUCAUCAUACUCUUUGUUGUAAUUUUCAUUACUCAAGAUUCAUUAGGUGCACCAUCUAGCAAAACAUAUGAUGAAUCAUUUGAAAUCAGUGACUCUGGUGAAAAGUACUAUCUGGCUGAAGAACCACCUAACGUUGAGAAGAACUCUAGUGAAGAAUACCAUUUGGCUAAAGAAGAACCUAAAGUUGAGAAGAAAUUAAAAAUAGUGAUAACGGAAGAGGAAGACUUUGUAAGCAGUGAUUCUAUUGAAGAAUACUACGAGGCUCCAGAAUCACUUGACUUUGAGGAGACCUUUAAUAUUGAAAACUAUGACGAAAUAGAAGAAGAUAAAGCAUCUAACAAAAAUAAAAGUUCAGAUCUACUUUCGGGAUAUAAAGAUGGUGAUGAUUGGAUGGAAUAUGCUGAAAUUACAGGCGAAGACGAUGAAUACAUUAAUUUUAUUAAUCAUUUUGAGACAGGUGAAUUAAAAGAAUCCUGUGACUCUUCUGAAAAUUAUUCGUCGGCUUCGAGUACUUCAAUGGAAACACACACAGGUCAUGAAGUUUAUAACUAAAAAAAAAUUAUUUUCUUUCAUUUCAACAUCGAAAAUCGAUAAAUGAUCAUUUUAGUAAAUGAAUUGUUUAUAGUAAAUUUCUAAAUAAAAAUACUUUUCCAUUAA